AUCGAGGUUCGUGCAAGGUCUCUGCGGGUAAGGUGUGAGUUGGGAGUUGUGAAAGUUUACACAAGUAGUAUGUCUUCGGUUACAGUUGUACACAAAAGAGUGAUAUUUUGCAAUAUUUAACUGUCCACAUACAUUUCGCCAUCAUGCCUCUUUUCUAUUUGACUGACGGUUCUCUGAUGUGUUUUCGUUGCGGUGGUACUUUAGACGGUUUCCUCCCUGAAGAAGAUCCGUGGCUGCUGCACGCCAUUCUUUACAAUCAUUGUAGUUAUUUGAGACUUAUGAGAGGAAUAAGUCAUAAUGAGGACGAUGAUGUCAACCAUUUCUUGGAACAAUGCAACAUUUCUUGGAGGAAUGCAACACUUGAAAGCGUCCUACAGCGAGAGCUCGAAAAUGAUAAUGAAUUUGAAGUAGCUGCAGAAGGAGCUGUGGCAUUACCAACUGAACAUGUGCACGUGCAGAAACAGUCUUUCGUCAAUGAAAUCAAUGACGAUUCUAUUACCAUGUCAAAAUGUUUGUUUGAGUCCUUGGUAAAUGGAAAAAACGAAGAUAAAAACGAAUGCAAAAUUUGCUCGGGGGAAAACAGGAAUGUCGUAUUUUUACCAUGUGGGCAUGUUGUGGCUUGCUCUGAAUGUGCCGAGCGAUGCGAAUCUUGUCCGAUAUGUCGGGCUAGGAUAGAGCAAAGACAUAAAUUAUAUUAUUCAUAGCUAUUUCGGUUAUAUAGUCCUAGUUUAAUUUAAUGCUGUAGAUCCAGAAUUAAUUGUAUCCAA